GAUGCGGUAGGUUUGCCUUCGGAAUUGCGGAGAUUGUCGCGGAAUUUCUAUAUGAAUACGAAAUCCGUCUAAAGGAAAUAAGUGCCACAUGUGGAGAGCAUUUAUAUGUUUGACAAAACAAAAAUAAGGCAGAAAAAUGAAAAAUACUGAAAACAUGGAGGAAGUUGAAAAUGAGGAGGAGGAGUACAAAAGAUCUAAGGACCGUAGUCCAUCGCCGGGCGUCAAAUCAACGGCCGUGGUCAAAUACACAGCAUUUCAGAGCCCCGUGGGGUAUGCUCGGUUGCAAUGUAACACAGAUUUGAACCUUCCCCCGUCAAACUGGGGAGCUGCCAUAGACUCUUAUGGCUUGAAGCAAAUUUUGACCACCGGUACUGGUUUGUCUAGCUUCAGGAUGGCACACAUGUUCCCCGACAGCGUUGGCGAGGUGGAUGUCAUAUCGGGUGCGGAGUGUAUCAAGAAGCUGCUGAAAUUGCCCUACCAGCCGAAGGGGACAGUCAGCAUGAUGGUACAUAGAGUGGAAAACACUCUAUUGCUGGACGAUUUUGACGUGUAUGACUACCUGAUGAAGUCGGAGUGGUCCUGGCUUAAAGAGUUCUUCUACGAGAACAUAUUGAAGACAAUGUCUGAGAAGGAGCGGAUGAUGGUGACGGCAUGCAGCGCGCCGCACUCGGGGCUCACGCGCAGCUUCCUGUACCGCAGUGUGCUGCAGCCGCCGCCCACGCCGCACCCGCACCCGCCCACGCCCACCAUACAGCCCGGACCGUACCUCCCAGAGCCGGAAACGAAAUCGGACGAAGUACCAAAAGAGCAUAUGUACAUACGCAACGUUCUUUGGACUUUUGAGGACAUACACAUGCUGAUAGGCAGCGACCUGCCCAUCUUCGGGGACAAAGAUCGACCCUGCGUCAGCCUCCGACUCCGAGACGCAAGAGAUCCUAUAAACGUGUUAACAGGAAUCGAUUAUUGGUUGGACAAUCUUAUGUGUAACGUGCCUGAAGUGUUGAUGUGUUACCACCAUGACGGCAUAGUGCAAAAAUAUGAACCUAUGAAGACCGAAGACUUGCCUAACAUAGAAAAUUCGAGAUUCUCACCUAAAGUGGUGAGGAACGUGGCACAGAAUAUAUUGUCCUUUCUCAAAGCGAACGCGACUAAGGCCGGACACACGUAUUGGCUGUUCAAGGGGCCUGAAGAUGAAAUUGUAAAACUUUACGAUUUGUCAAGCCUGUGUCCUGAUAAUUUGGACAAUCCGUUCACUACGCCCGUCGCUAUGCUGUUAUACAGGGUGGCGAGGAACAUGCGCCUGACGAACAGGACGCGGCAUGUGAAACAGCUGUUGGAGCAUGUAAUUGAGCUGUUGAAGGUCGAAAGUCACCCGCAGAUAGUCGCGUCGUCACAUUACAUGCUUUCGGAUUUGUAUGUACCAGCCACGACUAAUCCGGCUUGUCCGAAUUUUAAAGAUGAAAGUUCAGACGAAGACAAAGAAGAUCCCGAUUUCGCGAAAUGCGCCGAGUUCAUGAAAGACUUAUCGAGCGAGCGAGACGGCACUUCGUCCGGGAACACGUGCGAAAAGGACAACAAUACUGACAAAGAUUGCUACAGAUCCGAACAGAAUAGUGCCAAAGAAGUGAUAGUUAGUGAAAGUGGGGAUGUUAAAGGGGGUGGUGGGGGUGAUAUUGCGAGUGGGGGUAAAGUCAGUGAAAGUGAGGGGGAUGUAGAUGGCAAUAAGUUGGCCGUGUUGACAAGAGGUUUAGCUCUGAGUAACAUCGGAGACCGGAUGAAGAAUAAAAAGGGGGACGAGAAAAACCCGGAUUCUAGUCACAAGUUGGGCUCGGACGCCGCCGAGAGGUGCGGCAUAGCGCUCUCGCACGCGCUCAGGGGAUUACUGUCGCUACACAACGUCACUAUGAGACGGUGCCAGGAAGAAGAGCGCGAACGACUUCGCCAACAGAUCAUAAUGGAGGAGCAACAUCCAAAAAUGGCGAACCCGUCCGAACCAAUCAAAAUGGACUACGAGCCGAUCAAGAAGGAGGCGCAGAACACGCGCGGGCGCAGGCGGAAGCGCGAGAGGCGGAACACUGAGAAAUCUCCGAACUGCUUGAUUGAAUCCGCGCCGGGCAUAGACAAGAAUGCGAUCUUAAUCCGAAAAGAGAACAAUUCUUACCCGACCUGGCAAGAGCCGAAUAGGGAUGACAAUUUCGCGUGGAAAUUACAUUUGAAAACUUUGUUGUAUGAGAAAAUAUGUUUGGCGUACGCAACCCUAGCUGAGUUCUCGUAUGCCAAUGAGCAGUACGGUUUCUCACUCAAAUAUAUCGACAUGGCCAGCAAAUGUCAGAAGUUAUUGUCGAAUAUGAUUAUUAAAAGUAGGGUAGUUCACGUUAGCUGCUUGUUGGGCCGGGUGGGCGAUAACUUUUUUCAGUUGAGCAAGCAUUGGAAUAGUUUUGAACAGUUCAAGAUACAGUUCGAGACAGAUCACGAUAUUGAUAGCAAAAUAAAAUUGGAGAUUGAGAAUGACAUGGCGGAGGAGGUCGACGGAGUCGCGGGAGACGAGUUUGAUCUAAACAUAACUCUGCCCGCUGACGAGAUUGAAUCAAUGCUUCAAUCUUGUUCGUACUACCGUCUCGCCAUCAAGGCGGCGGACGACAAGCGAAGCGAAUUACUGCGGAGACUCGCUUCCGUCAAUAACGAGUUAGCGGCGCGCUACAUGAACGACGGGCAGCAAAUAUACCAAAAAUACGUAGAAGAAAAAGAACAUAGGAGCACGACAGCCAAACUCUUACUGAGACAGUUCGCCGUGAUGUCAAAAAGAUCAGCUGAGUGUAUAGAAGAGGCCACGUCUAUAUUCGAGCAGGUCAAAGACGUGCCUAACUUAGCUUUGUUGUAUUGCAACAAGGCCAGGUAUAUGAGGUUUAAGGCCCACUGCGAUGUCGGCGGAUUGAACACAGACAAGCGGGUACUCUUCAGCCAAGCGGAUGAACUAUAUUCCACUGCCCUCAAACUGCUGGGGAACAGAGAAACCUGUGGGGCUCUCACCGUGUGGGAGCUCGUCUCCUGGGAGCUGUCCUGCCACCACUACACCAAAGCUGUGAUCAUGCAGGAGUGUCCCAGAGCCAUUGAAGUGAACGAGGUAGUCGACGCCUUCCGUCUCGCACUCAAACACUGCCAUCUAUCGUCAGGACCGCGACAAUACUUGUACCAGUUCAGAGCCGCCAUGAUCUAUCACCGUGUGGGGUCGCUAUACCACUCCCAAUACAGAAUAACAUCAGAAGACGGCCCCAAACGGCGAACGCUGUUCAACCAGGCCCGCUCGAACUACACGCAGGCGGCCAACAUGUUCGCGAGCUUGGAGGACGCGGCCAGCUUCCUCACCGCCGUCAUGGAGCACGUGGCGCUUCUGGAGGGGCAGGCGGCCAUGACACCUAACCUCAAAUUGAAGUCACUUCAGUCAGCCAUUCAACUUCUGAGACAGUGUCACUCCGUAAUGAAACUCAUCAAGGAAAGAGAUCCAGAAGACAAUCCGACGCCCAAAUCAUACGACGUCGACGACAAAUCUAUGAAAAGCGAAUCUAGUCUCCUCUCGUUAUAUGAGAACAGGCUAAAUUUUAUAUUAAAAAGUAUCAUACAAUAUUGCAGAUCAAAGUCUAACAAGGAUUAUGAGAAAAUGACUGAUGUUUACAAGAACUUGUAUUGUGCCAGUUUGAAGAUUGAGAAGGCUGAUGAUGUGAGGUUGUAUGCGAGUAGAAUAUGUGAUGUUUUGGAGGCCAUGAACGAGAUCAGUAAGGAGUUUGAAUAGCUUCUGAUGGGACUGAAAGAUGUGAAGUUGACGGUUAUGUAAUCUUUUUUACCCGACUGCAAAAAAAAUAUAUAUAUGAAAUACGGGAAUUUUUGUGCGUCGUAAAUAUGCAAGUGCAUUUUGUACUAUUUAUAUCGAAUUUUUGUGCUAUUUAAUUUUAAUAAUGACUGCAUAAAUAAUAUGCGUAUCUCAUUUGAAAAUGACAUGUCCGAAUGUCAUCUGUUACCAUUUAAGAAAGAGAAAAUGGAAUUUACACUGAAAAGAUUAAUUAAUAGGUAAAUUUGCUUAUUUAUAGAAUGGCAACUUUCUCCCUAUGAAUUGUGAUAAAAAAGGCCAUUUUAUAAAUAUAUAUAAAUAAAUAGAGCCUUUUUGUAGUAUCACAGAAUAGUACUUAAUAGUAGAAAUAAAUAGUAGAAACGUAAUGGUGACGCCAUUUUUUCUAAAUGUAAGUAAGAAUAAAGAUAUGUGUUAUCGCGAAUAUCACAUUUUGUAAAAUAAAAGAUGAUUGACUAUGUAUUUUAUGUGAUUUAUAUAAAUAUAGCAAAAUGAAUGACAAAUGUCAAUGCAGAGCUGGUAGCUAAUUAAAUAUAACUUUUAAAAGCCUUGACGUUGCGUCGGCAAGGAUGAUAUGAGAGGAAAUAAAAAUGAGGCUAAGACAAAAAAUAAAUCGCGAGUAAAACUUAAUCAAGGAAAAAGCUAAUAAACUUGGGAUUCC